AUGUUGUUGAAAUCCCUCGCCGCCGCUGGCCUGGCGAUUACGGCCACGCAAGCCUUCGUCAUCGUCCCCGAGAUCUCCGAAGCCGACAACGAAAUCGUCAAAACCCUCCCCUUCGUGGAGGCUUCCUCAGAUGUAGGCCUUGCGAGCCACCGCGUCAAGGUCGAUUGCCCCGGCUGCCCCCUGACGAUGCGUCAACACGAUGGCCGCUACCACACAAUGACGGACCUCGACAACCACCUCGAGCUCACCUUCUCCAUCGAAACCGACACCACCGGCGUCGACCACCUCCUCGUCAACGACUUUGAGCUCUACCCUAAGCCUGCCUCGUGGUACAAGGCUCUCCGUGCUCCUCAGGUUCCCGACUUCGCAGAGGCCGCUACCAAGCACCCUCAAAACGCAGACCCCAACACCCCUCAGCUGGGUUACAGCCUGGGCGUCCGCCCCAUCGCCAAGGAUAACGAGCAGGAGCUUGAGCUCGUCGAGGUUGAUCUCCAAAUCAUCGAGGUCGGAAACAGCUUCGUCGCCGACGUCCCCAAUGUUCAGGUCAAGCUCAUCAAGUCCCCUACCGGAAGCCUCAUGAUCGGCAAUGUCGAGCAAACCGAGACCUCCGUCCCGUCCCACAAGGAAGAGGAGGAUCACGAGCCGCCUGCUGAGGACUGCACCACCUUCUACUGCAGAUGGCGCGCCGCCAUCUUGAGAAACAUGCGUGGCAUGAAGUGCGGAGGCCGCAAGCACGGAAGCAUGCGCGGACACCACCGUCACGGACACCACUCUCACAACGCCGGCCAGAUGAGACACCACCACCACACCUGGGGUCAGCUGGCUAAGAACAUCACUUCCCACAUCCUGCUCCCGAUCCUCAUCGGCAUUGUUGCUGGCGUCAGUGUUAGCAUCAUUGGCAUGAUGGUUGGUACCUUCGUCGUCUGCCUCUGGCGUGUCUUCGUCCGCCGUCAGGCCCCCUUCGCUCGCCGUCACUGCCGCCGCCGUGCCCGCAGAAACACGCAUCGCGAGGCCAGUGCCGUCGAGGAGAAGUCCGAACUCAUGGCUGAGUCCGCCGACCUUCCUCCUUACAAGGACGAGGAGGAGGACGUUACCAAGACCGAGACCGCUCAGAGCGUUUCACAGGAUGCUUUUGAUGUGUUUCUUUCGGAGACGGAUCGUGUGCCGGACGUCUACACAUACACUCUCAUUUUCCCACCAAGCGUUAUUGUUAUCAAAAUGGACGCCAUGAUAGCCGUAAAGGAAAGCAUCGGGGACUCGAAUUUGUAUUCAUAG